AUUUUUGUAACAUAUGCGUUCACCUUCACUAUUUUCACCUUAAAAACAAUCUAGAUAUGAAAAAUCAAAUAGUUCAAGCGGAUUUGCUACUUUUUAAACAACUAAUUAAUUAAAUACAAAAUAAUUAGCUGAUUAUAGAAGAGAUGUAAGAACAAAUGUCUCAUCUAGAGAACCAUUUAUUUAACCAUAAGAAAAAUCUUCAUCAUUAUUUGGUUCCUGGAGUAAAGCAGAAAAGGCAGUAUUGUAUUUAUUUCGAUUAAUAUGAUAAUAGAGAAUAAUAAAAAGUAAGUAGAAAAUCACCAAAAAAAUAAAAAUUACUUGGAGGAUUAAAUUAUGAAGAAAUAUUUACUAAUAAAGGACCAUAAAUAAAAAAUAAUAAAGAUAAAGUUGAAUAAUUAUUUAAGAGAUCUUCCUCUAAUGAUUAUCUUGAUAAUUCAUUUACAUCUUUUCCUAAACCAGUCAGAUAAAAUACUCUUGGACCUGGAUAUAAGGAUUCCCCUUAAAAAUCAAAAGAAAAAUUAGAAAGAUUUAAAAAUUGGGAUAAUCGUUUAGAUGUCUAACUGAUUCUACAAAAUAAAUCAAUAACAAAUAAAAUAUCACCAACUGGAGACAAACCAGGAUUUUACAAAUAUGUUAAUGAAGCUUAGAAAGGAUUGUUUGAUAACAAUUAAUCUAAUUUUCUAUAUUCUAAGAAUAAUAGGAAUAAUUUAUUUGAUAAUCCAAAAUAAGCCUUUUCUUUUAAGGAUGCAUUCAAUCCUCCUAAAUAAACUACUUAUUAAAGAAAUCAAUCUCCUCAAUUAUCAAGUAGAUAUGUUGAGAAAUUCCCUCUGACAGAUAUUGUUAGGAUGACCUCUCAUUUCUAAUCAUUAUCAACUUAAGAAGUUACUACUAUUCCUAGAGGGUAUAUUUUAUCAAUUAUUUUAGAUAUAUAUCAGAGCUAAAUAAUCUAGCUGAUAUUUUACAGAGGAUCGUAAAAAGAUCAAAUAACAUUAGUUGA